AUGCAACAUAUUACACAAGACAGCUUGAGCAAAAACAGCAUGAUACUGUUUCAAGAAAACAACCACCGAAAAAAAGAAGUUGAACAACUUCGUGGACAAAACAACAAGAAUGAAGAAAUCCGUGAGGAACUUUGUCAAGGAAACAACAACGAAACCAACGACGUUGAGCAACUUCUCCAAGAAAAUAGCGACAAUAACAAGGAAAUCAAACGACUUCUUCAGGUAAAUAGUGACAGGAAUAAUGAAAUCGCGUCACUUCGUCAAGAGAACAACACAAUAAAUAAAGAAGUCGAGAAGCGUCGUCAAGAAAACAACGAUAAAGAAAAGGAAAUCGAGCAACUUCGCGAAGGAGACAACAAAAAAAAUAACGAAAUUGAGGAACUUCGUAAAUAUAAAAGCGUAAGCCAUGACCAAAUUGAGCAACUUCGUCAUGAGAUCACCAACAAAAAUAACGAAAUCAUGGAACUUCGUCGCGAAAAUAGCAACAAAAAAGACGAAAUUAAACAAGUUCGUCUAGAAAAUAACGACAAGAGUAAAGAAAUUAAAAACAUUGAUCAAAUUAAGAAAACGAUGGGUAAAAUAAUUGAUCAACUACGGGAAGAAACCGUAAGCAAAAGUAUCGAAAUUAGCCAACUGGAGUCGGAAAACAGCGCCAAAAAUAACGAAAUUAAAAACCUCUGUCGCAAAAACAACUGCAAUAACAAGAAAAUUGGUCAUCUACGUGAACAAAUUAAGGAAAUGGUUGACCUAACUACGGGACUUCGCCAAGAAAACCACAACCAAAAUAGCAGAAUCCAGCAACUUGAUCGUGAAAACAAAGACAAAAACAUAGAAAUAAAGAUGCUUCAUCAAUCUAUCAACGCAUUGAAUAACGCAAUUGUAAAUCUUGGUCAUGAAAACAAUAACAAAAACAAGGAAAUCAAACAACUUCGUGAAACAAACGCCAUCAAAAACGAUAACGAGUCUACGAAACCUCGUCAGGAAAACAACGAUGAGAAUAAAGAAGAUGAUAAGAUCAGAGCGGAGAUUACCAUUCCGCUACUUCAGGAAGAAAGAAAUGACACAUCAAUUCCAGGGGCGUUCCUUUAUGCCGCACCUGAAGAAAUAACAUACAGCGAACUCUAUAAACCAUGGAACGAUAACUGA